AUUUUUUGGCUAAGGCAGUAAUUAUGAAUAAAAGAGGAGGAGUAUAAUUCCCAAAAUGUGGAGGCAGAAAUGGAAAGAUUUGGCAACAAAUUGCCAAUGUGCAGUGUGAGGGUAAAGAGUGGAAAGUCUCACUAAGUUUCAGUAGCUUAGAUUGCCUGGAAUGAGAUAAUUUCAGUUUCAACCCCUCUUUCAGCCAACAAUCCUGUUUCUGAGCUUGAGUCAACAUUUAUCAUAUUUUGUUUAGCUCCAAGCAAUUUCCUCCAUACUUAGACUUCUCUCUUCAUCCCUAUUCCAAUCCUUUUUCUUAUUUGUUAUAUAUAUGGUUUUUUUCCCCCCCUGCUGUAAACUCUUUUGCUUUCUUGGGGGAAAUUCAUAAGACCCUCACUGGGCCCAUUCCCUUUAUCAUUGUCUGUGACUUGUAAGAAUUUUUUAAAAUAAGUUGCUCUUCUCCCUUUCCCUCCUCAAUAAAUAUUGUCAAAGACAUAUACAACAUUUUGAACUUCCUAGUUUUUAAGUUUUUCUUUCCUUUCUUUAGUAAUUAUUUUCUAGCUUCUACCUCAUUUGAUCAUCUUGUUCUCAAACCAAUCUCUGUUUGCCCUUGUUGGAUACUCAUUAAGCUUUUUGGUUAACCAGCUUCAGUUAUUUUCUUUGUUUUUUCUUUUUUUCUGUUUUGUUUUUAGUUAUUUUCCUUGUAAUGGAAUAUUGACUUGUUCUUUCCAUGGAUCAUAAUGGAGUGGUUAGAUGUUAAUUCAUCAGUCUAGAAUCCAUCUGGUUAGGCGUCCAUGGAUGAGGCCCGUCCAAAAUACUUAAAUUGUAUUGCAAUCAGCUGUUUCUUCCUAGCUGCCAAGACCAUUGAGGAGGAUGAGAGAAUUCCAGGCCUGAAGGUAUUGGCCAGAGAUAGUUUCUGUGGCUGUUCUUCCUCUGAAAUUCUGAGAAUGGAAAGAAUCAUUCUGGAUAAGCUGAAUUGGGACCUUCAUACGGCUACCCCAUUGGAUUUCCUUCACAUUUUCCAUGCAAUUGCAAUGUCAACCAGGCCCCAGUUAUUGUUUGGCUUGCCUAAACUAAGCCCGUCUCAGCACAUGGCUGUCCUUACAAAGCAACUCCUCCAGUGUAUGGCCUGCAGCCAGCUUCUGCCAUUCAAGGGGUCCAUGUUAGCGCUGGCCAUGGUCAGUUUGGAGAUGGAGAAGCUCAUUCCUGAUUGGCUGGCUCUUACAAUUGAGCUGCUUCAGAAGGCACAGAUGGACAGUGGCCAGCUGAUCCACUGUCGGGAGCUUGUGGCCCAUCAGCUUUCUGUCCUCCAGUCUUCCCUGCCUCUCAAUCCUGUCUAUGUCUACCACCCUCUCAAGCACAGCCUGGCAACCUGCGAACGAGGAGUGUGCAGAUCACACCCCUCCUCUGCUCCAGGCCCAGAUCUCUCCAAGGACAACAGCAAACCAGAAGUGCCAGUCAGAGGUACAACUGUCUUCUACCAACACCUGCUAGCCACCACUGGAUGCAAGCAUGCCUCUGCUAAACGCAAGGUGGAAGAAAUGGAAGUAGAUGAUUUCUAUGAUGGAAUCAAGCGUCUCUACAAUGAAGAUAAUGUUUCCGAAAACAUGGGUUCUGUGUGCAGCACUGAUUUAUCAAGGCAAGAGGGACAUGCUUCCCCUUGUCCACCUUUGCAGCCUGUUUCUGUCUUAUAGUAACAGUAUGUAUUACCUCUAAGUAAACUUGAGGAAAACUACUCUGGGAAUAGAAACAUGCGAAACCAAGCAAAGAUGUAUAAGGGGCAUACCUUAUCAGGCUGAACUGAAGUGAGCCAGAAAACCUUGUAUUCCUAUGCGGCUAAUUCACCUAUUAUUUAAGCACUUAAAACAUUGAAAAAGUAUAAAAAUUAUAAAAGAUCCAAAAAAAAUCAAAAAAGUAGCAAAGUUUCUUUCUAGUUCCAGUUCUCUGCUGAAAUUUAAUGUAACUUGUCCAUGUCAGCGUUCAUAUUUACUAUUAAAAAAAUUCGAAAUUUAUUAGCCAUAUGGAGCCUAACAAUCUGAUUUCCAUUUCUUCUUGCUUCAGCCUGCUCUUUUCUUUAACUUAGCCUUGUGCAUGUUGUUUUGUGCUUUGACCUCCAGUAGAGAUCACAUCAGAAAAUUGUUUCAUUAAGCUUUUUGGUGUUCAAAGUUGUUUAAAUGUGACAGAUGACCCAGAUUUGAAUUUUACCUAAUCUGAAAAAGGCCCUUCUGUACUGUUGCUCAUGUGCAGGAAGUGCUAGCCAAGGUACACACAAGUGACCGCAUUGAUUAGAAUUUCAAUAUGGAUGUAAAAAAUGUUGGAUCAUUUGGAUCUCUUGACAUUGGAAACUAAAUUAUUGCUUAAAAUUUUUUUAGUCUUUAAAGUGAAGCCUAAAAGUAAAAUGUGAUUAUGGCAAUCUUAAUUUAGAUUUCUAAAAGUCACUUUUGGAAUUUUGGAAUUUGGAAAAGUCUGUGAUAAAGUUAUUAAUAUUUUGGGGGUGCCUCAGAUAAACUGCUAUUUUGUAACCAAUCAUACUUUUCACUUGAUUAUAAUCAGUAAGAGAUACUGCUUGUCUAGAUGUUGGAGCAGUUGUGCGAUUUUGAAUCUUGAAUGUGUUUAUUAUCAACUUUAGUACCUAAAGUUUUGAUGUUUUAACUAAAAAAAAAAUUCUGAUAGCUUUUUCCCUUCUUAUGUAUUAUCUCUUAAUGACCCCUUCUGGAUCUUGAGCUCUCUCCACAGUCUGAAGAAGGUAUUGCACUCAGAACCAUUGUACUGAUGAAAGCCUUCUGGUAGCAAUAAAAAAGUUGUCCUUGC